AUGGAUGAAAAUGAAAUCUCAAUAAUAGGCAGCAAGGAUUAUGAAGAAGUUUCGAAAACGUUAAAUUCGUUUAUUAAGAACAAUGAGGACAAAUUUGCCUUUCCCUAUUUAUCUGAGAGGAACAUGCGUAUAUCUUUAUGGGCGGCCCUUUUUGAACACCUCCAGGAUAAAUCGGCUACAUCAGUACAUACAGCCUGUUUAUCAGCAUUAAGGAUAUUAAGUCGUGAUAAAAGUGAAGUAGAAAAUUUAGUAUGUGAAAGAUGGAUGAUUACACUAAUUGAAAAAGCUGGUCUGUAUAAUUUUAUUGACAUAAGCGAAGAUGUCACUGAUAACGUAAUACCUGGUAAAGAGAUAGCUGUUGAAGCUAUGAAGUGUUUAUGCAAUGUUGCUUUUAAUAGCGAAGUUGCCAGAGCAUUAUGUGCACAUACCAGUAUUGGACAGGGCCUAGUGGCCAGAUUACGAUCCUAUAAUGAAAUACCAUACAAAGAAGAUAUAAUGCUUUUUGAUAUGAAGCUCUUAUUUAUAUUGACUGCACUACGACAAGACAUAAGGUGUAAAAUUAAAAAUGAGCUGCAUGGAAUGGUUUAUUUAAUUAAUUGCUUAAAUGACCUUGUUUUGGAAGCAACUGAGAAGCGAAUAGAAGCUGCAGGCGUAGAUCAGAUACAGCAAGUGGUUCUUAGUGAUAAACAAGAGGCAAUAGCUUGUGAAAUUCUGAAGACACAAUUUAACAUGAUGUACCACUCUGGUCCUGAUGAGUCUAUUAGUGCAGAGGAAGAAGCCCUAUGUUUAAAACUGAUGCCAAUUCUUACAACUUUGCUGAUGGCUGAAACCUCUACUUGGGAUAAAUUGACAGAGUUACAUAGUAACAUUGCUAAUUUAUUAACAAGUGUGCCACCGGAAUUUUACCAAUACCUAUCCCCAGAGUGCAGUGAAGGAGAGGCAUUGAACUAUGUAUAUGAUGGCAAAAAUAUGGAAGCAGUGCAUGCGCUUCUACAACUUCUGCAGCACAGGCUUACUAUAACAAUGAGCACAGGCAACCAAUACGAGAAUCUAUCUCCAAUACUCACUGUACUGAACAAGAGUGCUCGAAACGUCCGCGCGCAUCGCAAGUACUUGCGGCAAACUGUAUUACCACCACUGCGAGAUGUCUCCAGACCCCCCGAGCAAGGAAAUACACUUCGCAACCAACUCUGCAGGCUUUUGACAACACCUGUAACGUCUGUCAGGGAUCUAGUGGCUGAGUUCCUUUUUAUACUAUGCAAAGAGAAAGUGGGCCGUAUGGUGAAGUACACAGGUUUUGGCAACGCGGCGGGUCACUUGGCCCAGAAAGGAUUGAUGUGUGGCGGCCGCGGACCCAUUCAGUACUCGUCCAGCAGUGAAGACUCUGACACCGAGGAAUAUUUAGAAGCUCAACCCCACAUUGAUCCAGUAGUGGGUUGCACAAGACCACCUAGGAUUAACCCAUUUGAGAAUAUGACUGAGGAACAGAAGGAAUAUGAAGCGAUGAAGCUAGUGAACUUAUUCGACAAGAUGUUGUCAGAGGGUGUGGUGAAACCGGCCACCAUCGGCCCGGAUGGAAAACCCAAGCCCGUUGAACACGUUCUCGAGAUGAGAGAAAACCCGCCGAACAGAUCACAAUCCUAG